CAAUUGUUGAAUGUAGACUUCAGAAAUGGGAGCUCGAAAAAGCAUCCUUGCUGGCAAAUCAAAGUUUGAUAUUGGAAUCAAUUUCAUUCAAAAGCUAUGUAAUUCUUAUGUACCCUCCCCUCUCAGGAUACCAAGUAUUAGUCCAUUUUCUCUACCUAGUGGCAGCCUUUGUUUGAAGCAUCCUGAUUUAUUUCUUAACAGUGACAUGUUUGAUAUAUCAUGGCACAAGGGACUAUAUGAUUCAAAUCUCUUGAUUGGUUAUAGAUAUCCUAAACCUUUAUGUCUUGGUCAACACUCUCUAACAAUUCAGCAUUCAAUUUCACCUGAGGUUAGGAUCCAUGGAAUUCCUAUGAACAAUUUUUCGCAAUCCGCAAGUCAAGGUUUAAGGUUAUCAAAAUUGUCAAUUGGAUUGGAUUUUAAUGAACCAUCAACCUCAAAUUGGAUAAACUCGACCGGUGUAUACUUUAAGCGCAUUCAUUUUAUCCAUGACAGCGGUCGAUCUAUAAGCCGAGAUCUAGAUGGUUUUCCAGUAACUUGCAGUGGAGAUUCAUAUGACAACAUGAUAGUGAUUAAUCAAAAAACUCGAUUUGAAGAUGUAAAUGAUCACAAUUUUACUCAUUUCACUUUACAAAUGGAACAUGGGACUCCACUUCAACCAAACUUGCUAACCUUCAAUCAAUUUAAAUUUUUUGCUUCAAAAGGAGUCAAACUUGGACCAGCUGUUUUUUCUUCUUGGUUGAGUGGUGGUUCAAUUGUAGGAUCAAUUGCUCCACAUCAAGCUUUUGCAAUUGGUGGUCCUAACAGUGUAAGAGGCUAUGGUGAAGGUGCAGUUGGUUCUGGACAAUCAUGUUUGGUAUCUAAAACUGAAUUGGCAAUCCCAUUGAACAAUAAACUUACAAGUGUUUUUUUCUUGGAUUGUGGAUCUGACUUGAGAAGUAGUCACAGGGUUCCUGGAAAUCCAGGACAGAGGCAGGGUAAACCAGGAUCUGGAUAUGGGAUUGGUUUUGGCAUUCGAUUCAAAACUAAGUUGGCUCAAAUAAAAGUUGAUUGUGCCAUCAAUGCCUUUCAACAAAGAUCUGUCUAUUUUGGAAUUAACAAUCUUGUUGUAUGACAAUCACGGUUAAUACUCCUACUCCUAUAAUAUAACUAAUGGAAACGUUGGAAGACCAACAUUAUACUAGUUACAAAAGAAUCUGGAAAACAAAUUCAUCAAUUAUUCAAUAUAUCUGAAAAACAGUUUUUUGAUUUUUGUUUGUUUGUUUUUGGUUUUCAACGCACUAUCCAGUCCACUGGACCGCCUAAUUUGGUUCAGGGAUCAGUUCUUGCACUGGU